AUGCGGAUAUGGCAGCUUCUCGUCCCACUCCUCCUCCACCCCAUCGCGGUCUCCUGCAGGGGGGUCAGUCUCCCACCCCCUCCCCACGAUCCUCCUCCCUCCGACCACACUGCACAAUUCCCCUGGAAAUCCCAGCGAGCCACCGCGGCCGACCACACGCAAAAGACCGAAUUCUACGCCCUCGCCCACACGGCGCAGCAGCAGCAACUGCCGCACUUCGCCCACUACCUGCAACACUACCUGAGUAACACCGGCACGGACGCCGACAUCGCGCCCGACGAGCUGCUGGCGGCGCUCCCCCGCUUCUACCAGGAGGUGCACACGCUGGUGAGCUUCAAGGCGCGCCUGGCCGCCCAGGACCUGAUCGCGGGCGCCCGCCCCACCGUCCAGUUCAGCAGCUUCUGGCACGAAUACGCCACCACCAGCGAGGAGGGCUGGGAUUGGUUUCUCGCUCUGGACCGCUUCCGCUACAGCGUCACCGGCGCCGUGCGCUUGACUGCGGACGACGACCGUCCGACGGUGCAGUUCCGGGUGGAUGUGCUGCGCUCGUUCGAUUUCGCGGCGGGCCGCCAGCUCCAGCUGGGGCAGUUCCAGUACCACGAUUCGCAGCUGGUCGACUUGCAGGUCAAGGGGCUGGCGCGGGAGUUCAUGAUCCGGGGGUCAAGCCAGGGAUAUUACCUGGAGGAGGGGGGGCAGGGUUCGCAGGACCAGCCGGACCAGCCGGACCAGACCAAGACCAUGACCAGUGUAGCUCUAUAG